AGCGCCUGUGGAAUAAGACGCUUAAGUGAUCCACGGCACGGACGCGUCACUUCGCGUGGACGAUCCGAACAAUACUUUUUUUGAAUCAUAAAGGAAAGGUGUGACGUAUUUUGUUACAGCGAGGAGAAGCUUUAUUUGUGGGUUGUUUUUUCUUCCCCCUUCGUGUUUCCCUGCCAGCCGACAGGACCCGACUGAGACUACAUCUCCAGGACUUUUUCUUUUUGAGUCAACUUAGUGAAAAAGAAAAGUCACCAUGGCAGAGACGUCCGCGACUCCGGCCAAAGCCAAAAAGACGGCGAAGCCCAAGAAGAACGCGUCUCACCCCAAAUACUCCGAGAUGAUCGGAGCGGCCAUCCUGCAGGACCAGAGCCGGAACGGUUCGUCCCGUCAGUCCAUCCAGAAGUACGUGAGGAAGACCUACAAGGUGAGCGACAACGCCGACAUGCAGAUCAAGAUGGCCCUGAGGAGGCUGCUGGCCAACGGGACCCUGAUCCACACCAAAGGCACAGGCGCGUCCGGCUCCUUCCGGCUCGCCAAAUCCGAGGGCACCAAGAAGAAGCCCCCCACCCCCAAGGCGGUCGUGGCCGCGAAGCCGGUCCGGGCCAAGAAGGUGGCCAAGCCGGUCAAGGCCAAGAAGGUGGUCAAGUCCAAGAAGGUGGUCAAGACGCCGGAGAAGCCCAAGAAGCCGACCCCGAAGAAAGUGAAGAAGGUGGCGAAGAAGGCGACGCCGGUGAAAGCCAAGAAGGCGCCGGUAAAGAAAGCCAAGGCGACCAAGCCCAAGGCGAAGCCGGCGAAGAAAGUGGCCAAGCCCAAGACGAAGCCGGCGAAAAGGGCAGCGAAGACGGCGAAGAAGAAGUGAAAGGACACUGACAGAGAGAGAGAGAGAGAGAGAGACAAACAGUCACUGUAAAUACUGAAGGAAAUGUUUUCUUAUAUGUAUUAUUUUUGUAAGGUCCCCAUGCAAACUUAUGCUCUUUUUACCAGUAGUUUUCUCUCCAUUGCACUAUAGCUUCAAGACGCUGUAGAAACAAUUGUGACCAUUCUUAUUUGGCGUUAAUAUUGUUAUUAUUAUUAUUAAUGAUGAUAUUACUUUCUGUCUGAUCCUUGGAUGCUAUAGACUGAGGAUCUGGUUGUGUUCUAUUUUUUUUUUUGGGCUGAUAUGGUAAAACAAAAAAGAUGAAAUUGUAAAUACAGUCGAACUGAUGACUGGUUGUUAGUGCACGAGGUCCCAACGAAUACACAUGUUUGAAUAGUGCGCAUUGUUGAGCCAUGACAAUGUACAGACUAUAGGCAGUGGACGUCAGCGAGAUUUUUCCUAAAGGCUCCAUAGAUGGCAUUCAAGCACCACGCUGUAUAUUUCCUCAUAACACCCCCCCCCCCCCCCUCCGCAGCUGUGUUCAGUCACCUUUAAAGACUGUUUGUGCCGCCACUCAUUAAACCCGUGUCAUCUUCUA